CGCGCGCGGCUUGCAGGCGCACCUCUGAUUGGCUGAGACUGGGGAGCGCGAGCUGUUCAAACUGUGGGAUCAAGGAGCCACCGGUUGCAGGGUUUUAGGCGCGCCUCGUUUUGGUCGCUUCAGGAAGGAGCCGGAGUUUGUUGUUCCCCCCUCAGGAUGGCUUUCCAGGGCGGCGGGAAGAAGGAGGAGAAGGGCAAGAACAUCCAGGUGGUGGUCAGGUGCAGGCCCUUCAAUACAUCUGAACGAAAAUCCAAUUCCUACUCUGUGAUAGAGUGUGAACAUGCAAGGAAAGAAAUUACUGUUCGCUCUGGAGGUGUAACUGAUAAAACAUCAAGGAAGACAUAUACUUUUGACAUGGUUUUUGGAGCACAAGCAAAACAAAUUGAUGUGUACCGCAGUGUCAUCUGUCCCAUUUUGGAUGAAGUGCUUAUGGGCUAUAACUGUACUGUAUUUGCCUAUGGUCAAACUGGUACAGGAAAGACCUUUACUAUGGAAGGAGAAAGAUCGCCUAAUGCAGAAUUUACAUGGGAAGAGGAUCCACUUGCUGGUGUGAUUCCACGUACACUACAUCAAAUAUUUGAAAAACUUGCAGAGAACGGUACAGAAUUUUCUGUCAAAGUGUCUUUACUGGAGAUAUACAAUGAAGAGCUCUUUGAUCUUUUGAAUCCAUCAGCAGAUGUUGGAGAAAAGCUGCAAAUGUUUGAUGAUCCACGUAAUAAGAGAGGCGUGAUCAUCAAGGGUUUGGAAGAAAUAACUGUACACAACAAGGAUGAAGUUUAUCAAAUCUUAGAAAGGGGAGCGGCAAAAAGAACGACUGCAGCUACUUAUAUGAACCAGUACUCUAGUCGAUCUCAUUCCGUGUUCUCUGUCACAUUGCACAUGAAAGAAACAACAAUAGAUGGAGAAGAGCUUGUUAAAAUUGGAAAACUUAACUUGGUUGAUCUGGCGGGAAGUGAAAACAUUGGUCGUUCUGGAGCAGUUGACAAAAGGGCUCGUGAAGCCGGGAAUAUUAACCAGUCUCUUUUGACUCUGGGGAGAGUCAUUACUGCACUUGUGGAAAGAGCGCCGCACAUUCCAUACAGAGAAUCCAAGCUAACGCGUAUUCUUCAGGACUCUCUUGGAGGACGCACGAAAACAUGCAUAAUUGCAACCAUUUCCCCUGCCUCAAUUAAUCUUGAGGAAACUCUGAGUACUCUUGAAUAUGCUCAUAGAGCCAAGAAUAUCAUGAACAAGCCUGAAGUGAAUCAGAAACUCACUAAACGAGCACUCAUCAAGGAGUAUACAGAAGAGAUCGAACGCUUAAAAAGGGAUCUUACUGCAGCACGAGAGAAACAUGGUGUCUAUAUUUCUCUGGAAAACUAUGAUUCUCUUCAUGUGAAGCUGACAGCUCAGGAGGAACAAAUUGCAGAGUAUGUGGAUAAAAUUGCUGCAAUGGAGGAAAAUCUGAAAAGAAUCACGGAGUUAUUCACAGUUCAAAAAGAUGAAAUGGAAAGGUGUCAAACAGACCUACGGGUCAGAGAAAAGGAACUGCAGGACACACAGAAGCACUUGGAAAUAACCAAAGUCCGUCUUUCUGAAGAACAAUAUAUAGCAUCCAAUUUGGAGAACACAGAAGAAAAACUUCAUGGCACUGCUACCAAGUUGCUUAGUACAGUUGAAGAGACGACUAAAGAUGUGUCCGGUCUGCAUGCAAAAAUAGACCGCAAAAAAGCUGUUGAGCAGAAUAAUGCAGAAGCCCAAAAGACAUUUACAGAGCACAUGAAUGCUCUCUUUGGGGAAAUGCAGAACUCUGUUAAGGAGAACUAUUGUAAACAGCAGCAGAUUCUAGACUACUACGCCUUUUCAGUUGGUGAUCUUCUUUCUGCCGGCUCCUCGGCUUUUGGAGUUACUGCAGCAGUUAUAGAUGCAGCAUUCAACUCAGUAAAAGAAAUGGUUUCUGCUGAGGUUUCCCAAACUUCUGAAGCGAUACUAAAGCAGGAGUCACUGACAUCUCAGAAUAGAAUUGGCUUGCAAAAAGUGAUUGAAGAACAUGCAUCUGGAUUGAACCGAGCACUCAGUAGUCUGUCGCCCAUAGUGAAAUUUGUAUUGAAUCUAAAUGCUGAACUCCAGAAUAACUUGAAGAAACAAACAUCCCUGGCUGAAAAGAUUACAGACUAUAAAGAAGAAAUGUCUGCCUUCUUCCAAGGCCACUCUCUUGCUUUGAGUAAACUGCAAGAAGACACUUCCAGGAUGUUUUCUCAGUUUCAGCAGGAUUAUGAGCACUUGGAGAAACAGGUGGAGUUAGCCAAACUGGCACAAAAAAAGGGUACAGCCCAGCUGAUUUCUUCUCUAAAAGACCAAUUGAGUUUGCACGAGCAAGAAACUCAGCUGAAUCUGAGUGAUGUUCUAGAGAAAAGUCGAAGACUAAAGCAGAAUGUAUUCGCUGUACAAGACAACAUAACUCUGCAAACGACAGACCUUUCCACAUCUGCAGCAUCACGGCACAGUAUAUUGACCCUGCCUCUGGAUGACUUUUCUCAAGAGAUCAGGCAGUCCAGCAGUGAAAACGUUAAGAUACUGUUGCAGUCAACUAGUCACUGCGAAGACUUUGGUAAGAGUCUGGACCGUGUCUGCCAAGAAACAGAAAGCUGGGGUGAAACUGCAACAUCAAAAAUAAUGCGUAUAGCUGAUCAACAGAGUGCCUUUCUCACCAGCCAGAAGGAAUACCUACAAAGGAUUUGCAAGAAUCUGGACGACAACUGCAGUGCAUCGGUUGCUAAGCUCACAGUCCAUGUUGACCGACAAAAAGAUGCUCAAGAGACUGUCCUCAAGGGACUCCUUGACAAGAUCCCCAAUGAUAGGAAUGUGCUUAUGACACAGAAAGAGACGCUCCUCAUGAAAGCAAAACAUGGCUUAAUCCGAGUUAAUGGAUUUGUGGGAGAAGAACUCAAAGUAGACAUCCCAACAGGAACCACCCCACAGAGGAAAGAUUAUCGUUAUCCUGUGACAGUUGUGAAAACAGAACCCCGCGAUGUCUUGCUUGAAAAAUUAAGGCAAAAGCAGCUGGAGCUCAGAGCUGCAGAGAUCUUGGAUCAGAGUUCCUUUGUGGAUGAAGAAGAGAUAAGAGAGACGAAUGAUAGCCUGGUCAGUGAAAAUUCCUUCUUGGAUACCAGUCUCUGUAUUCAGACAAGCAACGGUGUGCCCUUCUUCCAGCGUAAAAAGAAUGUAAAAAAGGAUAAAGAGAACAAAUUGACUGUCUUCCUGGAUAAGACAAAGGAAGAAGAUGCAGCAGAUACGCCAUUUUCAAAGUCAAAAUAUGCCUUAAGGAUCCAGAAUUAAAAUGUGCAACCUUUACGUUUCACUUAAUCUCCAUUCCGGCAUAGUGUAUUGCUUGGAGCUCAGUCUACAUUGGUGUAGUUUUGGUGUCAUGGUUUGCCUGUAAAGAGUACUAGUAAAAUAAUUGGCUAUUUUUUGGGAUAUCAUAUCAUUUUAUAUUUUUCAGACUUUAAGAUUUUCAUACUUAAAAUUUACAUUUUCAUACUUACAUUUUAAAUGUCCAUACUUAAAUAAAAACAUUGUAAUUUUUCCCUA